AUGGGCCAACGUAGUGUGUAUGAUCCGAGGGACCCAUGGGCAUUUCGUAAUACAUGGACAGGAGAGAUUCGCAACAGUUACGACGACCUAUGGAUUUGGUUCACCCUGAUAGUAGGAAUUACGUUGGUUGCCCUUUUAUUCCUAAUACCUAUCUUGAUUCACCGAUAUUGCCGGGUCGAAGGAAUGUGCCCUAACUGGUGUUCCUGCUUCGACCGCACGUUAUCCGUUGUUAAAGAAAUGGACAAUGAGCGAUUAUCAAGAAACCAACAACGUAAAGAACAGAAAAGAGAAUACGAUAGAAAGUUUGCUAGACCGACAGCUAUAACAUAUGAUGUGAAAAGAGAACUGCGUAACAAACAUGAGACAUACCGUCAAUACCCAGUGCCACAUUACGAUAUUAGGCGAACAUGUUUUCCAUAUGCUUAUUAUGACCAAACGAAGUUACAACCUCAUCGAUCACGGUCUCUUCCUCGCACUACAGCAAGCCGAAAAGUCCCAACACGAUACAACAUACCCAAGAUAAGACUUCAUAGAAGCAGUUGA